CUGAGCUUCACUAACUUGCUUCCCCGUAGCUCCAAGGUCCUGUAUCCCUCACGUCCUAGCUCCAUCCAUUGCUUCUGCUGCUGGUAGUAGGAAGGUAUAGUAUUCGCACCACCAGCCGCGUUAGGACCGUGCGUACUGGUGUCACGCGCGGUGGCGCCAUGCGCCCUGGCACCGUGCGCGCAGGUGCCAUGCACGCUGAUGCCGUGCGCGCUGGCCCGUGCGCGCUGGCAUCGUGCGCUCUGGCACCGUGCGCGCUGGCGUCGUAAGCGCAGGCGCCGUGCGCGCUGGCGCCGUGCGCGCUGGCGCCGUGCGCUCUGGCGCCGUGCGCGCUGGUGCCGUGCGCACUGGCACCUUGAGCGCAGGCGCCGUGCGCGCUGGUGCCGUUCGCGCUGGCGCCGUGCGGUCUGGCGCCGUGCGCGCUGGCGCCGUACGCGCAGGCGCCGUGCGCUCUGGCGCCGUGCGUGCUGGCGAGGUCGAUCUACUUACAGAGGAGAGGAGGAAGAAGGGGGAUAGGGAAGGAGUGCAACCAAAGGAGGUAAGUGGGCUUACUUGUCUUUCUGCCUCCUCUUCUCUUAUGCGUACCUUGGCACUCUCUCGCUGUUGCUACAUCUCACAGUCCUCCUCUUGCUUUUAUUUUUUUCCCUCACCUUGUACUGCCUAGAUAGCCGUUUUCAGAUUGCUGCUAGGAUCCACCCACAAAAUUUUCUAGGCUGCAAAUAGGAUACUUCUAGGCUGUUGCUAAGCUUUUGCUUGGCUGUUCCUAAGUUUUUGCUAGGUUGUUGCUUGCAUGUAGCUUGGCUGCUUCUAAGCUCUUGCUAGGAUAUCGCAAGGCUUGUCCCUGACUGUUGCUUGCUUUUUCCAUGCGUGCUCUCUGCUAGUGCUAGGCUCUCUCACGUCGAGCUUGUUAGAGGUGCCUUGCACUAGCGUGCUCUCUGCUAGCGCUAGGCUCUCUCGCGCUGUGCUUGUUAGAGGUGCCUUGCACUGGCGCGCGCUCUGCUAGCUCGAGGCUCUCUCGCGCCGUGCUUGCUAGAGGUGCCUUGCACACACGCGCUCUCUGCUAGCGCUAGGCUCUCUCGCGCCGUGCUUGCUAGAGGUGCCUUGCACUGGCGCGCUCUCUGCUAGCGCUAGGCUCUCUCGCGCCGUGCUUGCUAGAGGUGCCUUGCACUGGCGCGCUCUCUGCUAGCGCUAGGCUCUCUCGUGCCGUGCUUGCUAGAGGUGCCUUGCACUGGCGCGCUCUCUGCUAGCGCUAGGCUCUCUUGCGCCGUGCUUGCUAGAGGCAAGGUUGAAAAAAACGGCAGGCCGUUUUUUUCGAUGGUAUAAUACGGUGAUUUUCUGAAAAAAACGACGUUUUUGUAAUAGGCCUUUUUUUUUUCUUUUUUUUUUCCUCGGCGAAAAAAAAAAGCACACAACUACGCUGCUGGUGGCUAUGGUGCACGCAAGGUGGGUGUGUAAAAUACAGAGAAAAACUCCACCUAUUCCCUCUUACUUACUCCUACCUACCUACUAGGCUACUACUCCUCCUACUCCUCCUGCUCCUCCUACUCCUCCUACUCCU